AAAAAAAGUCUCAAAGAAAAGAUGUAAAGUGUCUCGGUGUGUGGCUACAUUUCCUUUUGCGAAAGAGGUUCAGCCAUUAAGUAGCAACAACAAUACGGCGCGGCAUCAGCACACCGCACAAUCGCAACUUCAGGAUCUCAGCACACAGCAAACGGCACACAGGACACCGUCAGCUCCUUAAGCUGAUAACAUCGGCGGCGUCAACAUUGUCACUUCUCGCUGUGGGUGAAGCGCGAAAACUCCACGCACGGGCUGCCACACGUACACACCCGAGUCGUUAUCUGCUGCUUAUGCGCAGCUGGGAUGCGCUAGCCAUUGUAGUUGUUGCUGUUUUUGUGUGUGUGUGUGUUUAAGCUUAUAAACGGUUUUGAAGCAAUUACAAAGGAAGAAGAAGAAGAAGAAAAAGCAAAAGCAGAAGAAUAAGAAGUACUAGAAAAGGACGUGGAAGCGAAAAGUGACAAAGGUGUGAGAAGAAAACGUAACGAGAAAGCGUUGCGAAAGUGACUUUAAAUUAAUUGGUGCUUUUGUGUGAAAAUGGGUGAUUAUCAUCAUGAGUACAUGGACCAGUAUAGGGUGCCGGUCAUUGCAAAGCUUUUGCAUGCCUUGCCCCACUACAACAUCACGUUUCACAAAAUCAACAGCACGUUUCGUCCGAACGAUGAAAUCUAUUUGGAGAGCUUGGGCAUUUUGGGCUCUGUGCCGGCGGCACUGCUCAUCGUAUCCCUACUUGGAUUGCUGCUCUACUUAAUGACACGAUGUUGUGAUAGAAAGCCACGACCGGCACAUUCCAUUACGAGCUUAAAAGUUGCACUCUCCAUUGUAACGGUGAUGUGUUGUGCGGCGAUAGGACUCGGUUUAUAUGGCAACGAUGACCUUCACAAUGGCUUGUUGGAAGUGCUGACAGCUGGACGAAAGGUCGACAAUUUGGUAACCACCAUACGCAAUCAAACGCACAUACUAGAGAAUACACUGAAGAACCGUAUACGGCCUCAACUGGUUGAGUUGGCUGAUAUAUUUGACCAACCUGUCGCCAAUCAGACUGCGCUUUCCAUACUCUUCGUUUCGCUGAAUAUUGUGCAGGGCAAUGUGACGUUGGCCACAAACGCAGCUGGUGAUAUACGCCGGCCCUUGUUGGGCAUUUCAAUGACACACUUUUUAUCGCGCGGAGAUCAGUGGGAACUUAUACGCUGGCCCGGCACUGUAGCUACUCUUGCACUGCUAUUGGUUCUUUGCGCUGUGCUGCUGGUAGGCGUGGCACGUCAUUCCCGUUGUGCGCUUAUACUAUUCAGCGUCUGCGGCUUACUUGCGGUCACCGGUUCUUGGCUGAUGUCUGGCCUAUAUUUGUCUUCGUCGGUAGCUGUUGGUGAUCUUUGCAUUAAUCCAGCCGACUUUUUGGUUUCCACCUCGCCACGCGAUCUUCCAACGAAUGUACUUCUACACUAUACUCAAUGUGAGCCCGGUCAUACGAAUCCUUUUACGCAACGUUUGCGCGAAUCACAAAACUCGCUGAAUAAUGCACGCAGUGCUAUGGCAACGGUAAUGAAAAUUUCAUUGGUACUCUUCAAGUCGUCUGGACUGCAACCGAAAUUGGGCGCUGUAAAUGCAGAUUUGAAUAGCAGCGAGCGUUUGCUUACACAGCUCACAGCUUUGGUAGAUUGUAAGGCAGUUCAUCAUAAUUUCUUAGCUGCGGCUAGAGGUCUCUGCGAAGGUGGACUGCUGGGGUUGGUAUUGAUGUUGAUUGCAAGCUUUAUUGCUGCCAUCUUGCUGACGAUUAUGGUUUGGGUCGAUUCACAUACAUGGAUAUAUAUACGUAAGCGUAACGAUUAUGCACAGGUCGAUGAGCCGUCGUAUAUUUCGCAUCCAGCGCCACAGAAUCAUCAGCAAAUGAUGAAUGCGGCUCGCACUUUACCGCGAAACCACAACGGGCACUUCAGUCCGCCGGUGAUCAGUGGGUCGCACACCUUGCAGCACCCAUCCAAGCGGCAGCAACACGAGAUGAUGGCGCACGCGCACAUGCAGCAGAACAUGAGGGCUAUGGGCACGCAUACGCUUGGUCGUUUGCCGUCGCACAAUCAUAGCCCUACCCACAUGACUGGUCCCAAUAACGCCUGUAGCGAUCCCGCACGAAGUCAACCGGCAACACUCCAGCAGCAGCAGCAGCAGCAGCAUGCAGCGCAGCAACAACUCGCCCAACAGCAAGCUCAACAAUUGGCCGGUCAACCGAUCUAUUGUCACCAUCCACAUCCACAUUCGCAUGCCGCUGUCGCCGCCGCUGUGCAACAUCAACAUGCCAUCUACCAUCAGCAACAACAAGCGGCUCAACAAUACGGAACUUACGCCACAGCUGCCCAUCCAGCACAUCACAUGACGGCGGCUCAACAAGGCCAAAUAUAUCAGCAGAUACCUGCACAUGUUGCCGCUUUGCAACCAAAUGGUAAUCCACACUCUAUCUACCAGCCACUGGUGGCGGUCAGCCAAGGCUCGAUUUAUGUCUCGAAUAUGGCUACGAUGCGUCGACAGAAUUCGCAAUGACAAGGCCAUCCACAAAUACCGGCUCAUCAUGUACCACCACAUCAGCAACAGCAACACCAACAGCAGCCACCACCACCAAAUCAACAACAGCAACAAUCACACAAUCAAAUGAAAUCGCCACAGGAUGGUUUACAUCAUCGUGACAUACCUGCUACAUCGGGCAUGGAAACGGCAAUUUACGACCGCGAUAAACAGAUAUACAAAUGCUCGACAUUGCGUCAGGGCGGUAAAUUUGAUCCCAAGUAUAAGCCUUCGAUAUUGAAUUGCCCAUUGCCGGAGAUACCAAAAGAUGCCGAACCAGCCAGGGUUGAGUCAAUUUAUCAGCAGCAACAACAUUAUUCUAAAACGCUGCAGCGGCCACCAAUGAAACUGCCACCACAAAUGAAAGCGAUACCACCGCCACGAAUUGGCACACCCACCUCGCCGCCGCCACCAAAUGCCAGCGCACACAACGAGCAUACACAACAUUCAAGUGUACAACAACAACAGCAGCAGCAACAACAACAACAACAACAGCAAAUGCCAAAUGGUGCAAUACCAACGGUGGAUAAUCGACAGUCGAACGACGAUUCAUCAUUGCCUCUGCCACCGCCGCCAUUAGAGGCAACAACGGAUGUUGGUAGUGGUGUCAGUGCAGGUGGCGGCAGCGGCUGCGGCGGCAAUGGUGGUGUUGGUGUUGGUGUUGGUAUCAACUCACCACCCAAAAUUGGGCAUGGAUUGAAUAAUAACAAUAAUAAUAACAACAUCAACUCGAAGAGUAAUGGCAGCCAACAAAGCAACAACACAAACCACGCUAGCAAUGGCAGCAACAACAGUAACAAUGGCAGUAGCAGCAAUAGCAACAAUAGUAACGGCGCCAAUACAUUGCCUCUACACAACGGCAGUUCGGCGAAUAAUAUAGAUGAUGAUGAUGACUUGCCGCCACCACCCCCACCCGUCAUAACCGAUGACUCCAAUUAUGCAGUGACGGAACUGUAAGAGCCAACGACCCAAAAACGAAUGAAUGCGAACAAAGAAAACAGAAAAGAAAGAGAAACACGAGAAGGAAAAACGAAAAAAAGAAUUUCUUUGAAAUAGUUUAAGUGAGACUUUUGACUUCAAGACUAAUUGGUUGGAUUUGGGGCAUCGGAUGUUGGAGUGUGGGCAUGCAAUUAUUGUAAGUAAGAUUGCACGUGGUCAGUGGCAAGUCAGUGCGUCAGUUAGUGAGUCAGUCCGCCGUUUGGGGGGGUAGCAAUGCAAUGUAGUGUUGUUGUGCACACAAUUUGCCCACAGCAUGGCACGUCGUUGUUUCAUAUGUAGUAGUUGUAGGUUUUAAGACUCCAGUUAAUGUUGUUGUUACAAAUCUGGAUAUACAUACAAAUAUAAUAUAAUAUAAAAGAAGAUACAUAGACGUAAAUACAUACAUACAUACCUACAUGCAUACAUGAUGAACAAAAUGUAAUGAGUAAAAUUUAAUCCGAGUAGAUAAUCAUGCAAAUACAAACAUACAUACAUACAUAUAUUAAAAAUAAUAAACAUAAUAUU